AUGCUGCUGCUCCUUCUGCUCACAAAUGCUUUUGUCCUUCUGCCCUGGGCUGGGGCUGGAAGGAUCAUUGGUGGACAGGAAGUUAAGCCCCACUCCAGACCCUACAUGGCUCAUUUAGAAAUUAAGAGUGGCUCACAAACUGGUUACUGUGGAGGGUUCCUGAUUCGCCCAGACGCAGUGCUCUCAGCAGCUCACUGUGUGGAUAAAAUGGGGACAGUGAGGGUCACUGUGAUUCUGGGAGCCCACAACAUGACCAGCCGAGAGCGGAGCCAGCAGAAGAUCCGUGUUGGACAAUGGGUCAUCCACCCCGAAUAUUCCCCUGAUGACUUAAAAAAUGACAUUGUGCUGCUGAAGCUGAAGCCAAGGGCCAGGAUCAACCAGAAUGUACAAUUUAUCUCCAUUCCCAGGAGAAAUGAACAUGUGAGACAAGGAACUUUAUGCAGGGUGUCUGGCUGGGGCAGGACAUCUCCCAAUGGGAACAGGAGUAAUGUGUUGAGGGAGGUGAAACUGAAGGUGCAAAAGGAAGAAAUAUGCCAGCAGCUUUUCAAUAACUACCAGCGUCAGUCCAUGAUCUGUGUUGGUGAUGAAUACAGUAAAAAAGCAACUUACAUGGGUGAUUCUGGUGGCCCAUUAGUCUGCAAUAAGAAGGCUCAUGGCAUUGUUUCUCAUGGAUAUGACGACCACCUCUUCCCUGAGGUAUUCACCAGGAUCUCAUACUUUGAGCCCUGGAUAUGUGAGCAGCUGAGGAGGUUUGAACUCCAAGAUAUUCCUUACUCUCCAUCCUCUGACUAA